AUGAACCACAUCACCGUCCACAACAAAGAGGUGCUGUACGAGCUCAUGGAGAACCGAGGCCCAGCCACCCCCCUCAUCACCGUCUCUAAUCACCAGUCCAGCAUGGAUGACCCUCAUCUCUGGGGGGAGGGUGGGGAGGCAGGGUACAAGGGAGGCAGGGGUGACUGUGCCUGUUCCCACUCCAGGACCCCUGCAGCUGCAGACAUCUGCUUCACCAAGGAGCUACAUUCACACUUCUUCAGCUUGGGCAAGUGUGUGCCCGUGUGCCAAGGAGAUGGUGUCUACCAAGAGGGAAUGGAUUUCAUUUUGGAGAAGCUCAACCAUGGAGACUGGGUGCACAUCUUCCCAGAAGGGAAAGUGAACAUGAGUUCUGAGUUCCUGCGCUUCAAAUGGGGAAUUGGACGCCUGAUUGCAGAGUGUCAUCUCAACCCCAUCAUUCUGCCGCUGUGGCAUGUUGGAAUGAACCAUGUCCUGCCUUAUAGCCCACCCUACUUCCCCCGUUUUGGAGAGAAAAUCACCGUGCUGAUUGGGAAGCCCUUCAGUGCCCUGCCCACGCAUGAGCAGCUCCGGGCAGAGAACAAGGCAGCUGUGGAGAUGCGCAAAGUCCUGGCUGAAUUCACUCAGGAGGAAUCCCAGCGCCUGAAGACCCAGGCUGAGCAGCUCCACAGCCACCUGCAGCCUCGGAGAUAGGCACCACCCUGCCCAGACCCUGUCCUUGCUUCCUUUCAGGAGAGGGCAGCCAGCCCCUGAGGCCCGGGAAAGAGGCUGUCCUGGGACCCAAGCCCCAACUGCUGGGCUCUCAGCACCAUCCUUGGGUUCUUGCCUGGCACAGAGAUGGGGCUGGGGGAUGGACUCGUGCUUUGAGCUCAGCUCUGGUUUUGUAGACAGAUUUGUUCAUAACCCUUAACGGAUACCCUCCCCUAGAUGGUGAGCAUUCCAGCUCCUCUCGUUCUUCACGUGAAGGAAGGCUCUCAGCUACUCCUCCCACUUGGCCAUGAAAGGAGGAAGAAAUUUAGGCUGGAGCCUCCUUCCUGCUUGCUUCCAGGCUUUCCCUCCAGGGCUGGGGUCAGGAGGCAGAGUAGUUGAAGGAGGUGGGGUGGCCAGGACAGACCUUCAGGGAGGGGCCCAUGAAGGGGUGGGCCCAGGCCUCCGACCACCCACCCUGAUCAGGGAUGGCCACUAGCCACGUCUUCCUUCUGCCCAUGCUUCCCACAGGUGUGGGACUCUUGGGCAGGGCCCAGCCUCAGGCUGCAGGCAGAAGAGCAGCCAUUUGCCAGAAGUGGAGCCCAGUCAAACAGCCUGUAGCCAGGGCUCACUGACUUCUCUUGUCCUUCCCACCCCCUAGCAUCACUCAAGUACCAUGGAGCCUAGGUUUUCAUGUUUUGUAAACAAUAAAGUAUCUGUGUUGUACUGUUUUA